GCGUCUAGAACUCAUCCGGUCUCACUAUUUUUAUUUCCAUUGUUUAUUUUUGGGUUUUUAGUUUCUAAUUCGAAACGAGUUCUUCGAAAGGCCAAGCCAGUUUCUUCGUCUGUGGACGACGACGACGACGACGACUUAGGUCUCAAAAUAUUCACACACCCAAACCAAAAGUUGUACCGGUUUUAUUCGCUUGCUUUUACUGUAAUUUGUUUCCUUCAUAGAGCUCUUGAAGAUGGCGACCGAACUCGCAGAGAAAGCCAAAGAAGCAUUCGUGGACGACAAUUUCCAACUCGCCGCCGAUCUCUACUCUAAAGCCAUUGACUUGAACCCUAAAAGUGCAGAUCUUUUUGCUGACCGUGCUCAGGCCAACAUCAAACUCCACAACUUCACCGAAGCUGUUGCUGAUGCAAAUAAAGCAAUUGAGAUAGACCCAUCGAUGGCUAAGGCGUAUCUUCGCAAAGGGACUGCCUGCUUGAAGCUUGAAGAAUAUAUUACUGCUAAGGCAGCCCUUGAAUUUGGAGCUUCUUUGGCACCAAAAGAUUCAAGGUUCACCAAUUUGAUUAGUGAAUGUGAUCAGUGCAUUGCAGAGGAAACAAAUGCUCUGAAUAAGACUUUGAAAUCAAAUGAGCAACCAACUACUGCACCUGACUCUGUUGGAACUCUUGAAGAACCAAAGGAAGGAUGCAACUUAUCUCAUCAGAUAGACACAACUGUCAGACCAAAAUACAGACAUGAAUACUAUCAGAAGCCAAAUGAAGUGGUUGUGACAAUAUUUGCUAAGGGCGUUCCACCAAUAAAUGUGACUGUUGAAUUUGGGGAACAGAUUCUAAAUGUUGGAAUAGCUAUUCCUGGAGAAGAUGCUUACCAUUUUCAACCUCGAUUAUUUGCCAAGAUAAUACCAGAUAAGUGCAGAUAUCAAGUAUUGUCUACCAAAAUUGAAAUCCGUCUAGUGAAGGCGGAAGACAUUCAAUGGGCAUCUCUUGAAUAUAGAAAAGAUAUUACAGUUCAACAAAAGCUUAAUUUGCCUUCAGUUGGAUCCAAUAGGCCUGCAUACCCAUCUUCAAAGGCAAGAUCAAGAGAUUGGGACAAGUUGGAAGCCGAAGUAAAGAAAGAGGUUGUUGGUUUUCAGGAAAAAGAAGAGAAGUUAGAUGGUGAUGCAGCUUUGAACAAGCUAUUUCGAGACAUAUACCAAAAUGCCGAUGAGGACAUGAGGAGAGCAAUGAGCAAAUCUUUUGUGGAAUCAAAUGGGACAGUGCUUUCAACGGACUGGAAAGAAGUGGGUACAAAGAAAGUAGAAGGGAGUCCUCCUGAAGGUAUGGAGCUGAGGAAAUGGGAGUAUUAACUCUUUUUGAUGUCUGUUUCUUUUGAGUUAUAUGGAUACGCUAUAUUAGUAACAUUAUUUUUAGGUCCCUUGUUCCCAAAAUGUCUAUUUCUUUCCUUUUCUUUUUGUUGCCCGAGGUGUGAAAGACUCGGAACAGUUUGUGCUUUCGAGGAAUAUUUUUUAUUAUUUUUUUUUUCAUUUGUAAUUACAAUAUUUAGCUUAAUCAUCCCAUCAAGUAGCUUGCGUGAGA